AUAGCUCACAAACCAGUAUCCAUAUCCAUACACACACUAAAGCACUACUACACCAUGGCCCUAGACACACUUCUUCUCCGAGAGCUGGCUGUAGCUUCUGUCCUCUUUUUCAUCACUCACAUCUUCAUUCGUUCUCUUUUAAGAAAAUCCUCUCGUCCUCUGCCACCAGGGCCCAAAGGGUGGCCCGUCAUCGGUGCCCUUCCCCUCCUAGGGACCAUGCCCCAUGUCACAUUAGCCAAAAUGGCAAAAAAAUAUGGUCCCGUCAUGUACCUGAAAAUGGGUACCUGUAAUAUGGUGGUAGCGUCCACUCCUGAUGCAGCUCGAGCGUUCCUCAAAACCCUAGACCUCAAUUUCUCAAACCGUCCUCCAAAUGCAGGGGCUACCCACUUAGCCUAUAACGCUCAAGACAUGGUUUUUGCAGAUUAUGGUCCCAGGUGGAAACUAUUACGCAAGUUAAGUAACCUUCAUAUGCUAGGUGGUAAAGCUCUGGAGGACUGGGGUCAGGUUAGGUCUGCUGAGCUAGGUCAUAUGCUUCGAGCCAUGUGUGAAGCUAGCCAAAGAAAUGAACCAGUGGUGGUACCGGAAAUGUUAACCUAUGCCAUGGCUAAUAUGAUUGGCCAAAUAAUUCUUAGCCGUCGGGUGUUUGUGACCAAAGGUUCAGAGUCUAACGAGUUCAAGGACAUGGUGGUAGAGCUAAUGACCUCUGCAGGAUUCUUCAACAUUGGUGACUUCAUACCUUCAAUUGCUUGGAUGGAUUUGCAAGGGAUAGAACGAGGGAUGAAGAAAUUGCAUAAGAAAUUUGAUGCGUUAUUGACAAAAAUGAUGGAGGAUCAUAUGGCUACCACCCAUCUGCGCAAAGGGAAGCCUGACUUUCUUGAUGUUGUUAUGGCUAAUAGAGAAAAUUCCGAUGGGGAAAGGCUCAGUAUCACCAACAUUAAAGCUCUUCUUUUGAAUUUAUUCACUGCAGGAACUGAUACUUCCUCAAGCAUCAUCGAAUGGUCACUCGCUGAAAUGAUAAAAAACCCUAACAUUAUGAAACGUGCUCAUGAUGAAAUGGAUCAAGUGAUCGGCCGGAACCGGCGACUCGAAGAAUCGGACAUACCAAAGCUUCCAUAUUUACAAGCCACAUGCAAAGAAACAUUCAGAAAACACCCAUCAACACCCUUAAACCUACCAAGGGUCUCAUCCAAAGCAUGUGAGGUGAAUGGCUACUAUAUCCCUAAAAAUACUAGACUUAGUGUCAACAUUUGGGGAAUAGGAAGAGACCCCGAUGUGUGGGAAAAUCCAUCAGAUUUUACCCCAGAAAGAUUUUUGACAGAAAAGAAUGCGAAAAUUGAUCCAAGGGGAAAUGAUUUUGAGUUGAUUCCAUUUGGGGCAGGAAGAAGAAUUUGUGCAGGGACAAGGAUGGGAAUCUUACUAGUGGAGUACAUAUUAGGCUCUUUAGUACACUCUUUCGAUUGGAAAUUGCCAUAUGGAGUUAAUGAACUUAACAUGGAUGAGACCUUUGGCCUUGCAUUGCAGAAGGCAGUGCCUCUUUCUGCCAUGGUUAGCCCUCGGCUGGCACCAACUGCGUAUGCUUCCUAAAAUGCUUACAAGUCUAGGGGAUCGUUGUUCUAUGAAUAUUAUAUGCUAUUAUGUUUAUCUUUAAUUAUGUGCUACCCGCUGAUCAUUUACGUACUUCAAUGUAUUGCUUUAAUAAUUAAGUUUUCCGUAAUUUUAUCA